GAGCAAGCUGCAACGUGUUCAAAGUUCAAACCCUUGACAAUCUAUAAUGUCCUUGAAACAAGACCGAAGAAAUCGCUCCUGGAUUAACCGUUUUCUAGCCUCCCUCCGUCGUGUAUUCGUGUCAGAGCCUCCUCCUGGACUCCCGGGCCUGGCAGCUAUAAAGUUUCACUGUCCAUAUGGGCCUGAUGUCAAUAGCGCAUCAGUGCUGGGUUGGCGUUCCCAGAUGGCAGAUUCUUGGGACGAAAUCAAUGGUAAUCUGUACACAAAGUGUGUGCUGGCACGCAUGGAGUACUACAAGUGCACUCGUGAUCGCGAACACGAGUUCCUCGUGUUUUAUUUCAGACAUUGGAUCGAUGGCUGCUCCGCUCAGGCUGUAGUGUCUGCAGACCGUGGCAUGCAAGUACAAUAUCGUUCUCUCAAACAAUCAUCUGAAUUAGUCUCUUCCUCAUCAUCCAACACCACCGCGUACGAUUCUGUAUGUAUUUAUGGUUCCCCCCGCGAUGCAACACCACAUCUUCGAGCCAGAUAUACACCAUACAGCAGGCUCGGUACCUUUGACUUUCCUUCAUCUUCGGCGCCCUCGGCACUUCAAGUGUCCACUGUCCUGUCUCUAGUACACCGCCAGGCCCCGGCAUAUCACUUGUACGAAAACCAAUGCCAUUGGUUUUCAAGCGCAGUGUGGGGCAGCUUGAAAGAGUUGUUCCCUAGUGACCAAGACUCGGGAUGUGUGUCUCGUGCACGCGCACGUUAUCGCGGUGUCGCAUUAGGGUCGCCAACUGAGGAUAUCGAGGCUGUAUGUGCUGCUUAUCAGCCCGAGUGGCAAAAGAUGUUGGAGCUGCUCGAGCAGGUAAAGUGCCGUCACGAAGCUGAAAAAGCAAAGGAACGACAGAAAUUCUACAUGGAGCUUGAGAUCAAAAAUGAGCCGUUUCGCCAAGCACGGCAGGCCGAACUGGAACGACUUCGCCAAGCAGAAAUUUGCGCGCAGGUUGAACUUGAGCGAGUCCGCCAAGCAAAACAGGCCGAACUAGAACAAGCACAAGUGCGCUAUUCUCAGCAAUAAAAGUUGUCUUUGUUUGUUGAUCUGUACUUGUUUUUGUAGAUUCGCACGCAGGCUGAAAUCGAGCGAGAUCUCCGAGCAAAAGUGGGUUAUUCUCAGCAAACAUGAUGUUCGUUUAUCGAUGGUACCAUUUCACUAGGACGCCGAAAUCGAACAACUUCGCGCGAGACUUGCAGCUUUAGAGGGAUAAUAUUUCAUAUCUUCAUACCGUGAAUUAACUAUACCCUGUUCAUGUUCCAUCUCUCCUCUAGUAAGUGCACGCGUCUGGCUUGCACAUCAAAGACAAGAACCGCGGUCUAAUUGUACGCGAACGUU